AUGUUUUUAUCAUUUGCUAAUCGUUUUCGUCUUUCUAAUUUAAUAGCAAAUCAAAAUGCUAUAAAUAUAUUUCGAUAUGCUAACGUAAAUGCACCAUCAUCAUCAUCAUCACAGACUGAUGGUGAAACAAAAUUAAAUGAAAUUUUAAAAAAACGUUUUCCAGAUGCUCGACUUGUUGAUGUUAAAGAUACUUCAUCCGGUUGUGGUGCAAGUUAUGAAAUAAUUGUUGUAACCGAUGAAUUUGCUAAGAUGCGUACUGUUAAUCAACAUCGUUUAGUAUCCGAUGCACUUAGUAAACAAUUACCAAAUAUACAUGCAAUUCGAAUAUUUACCGGAACAGAUGAAAAACAAUUUCUUGAUUCUUGA